ACGAGAUUCGAACUUUUGUCGGAAACAUCGAAUCUGCUAUCCGCCAUCUUUCAAAAAGAACCGAAUCUACUCUAUCUUGCUAGAAAAGAGGCGUACGCAGUUAUUACGUACUUGCAGCAAACCUCUCCUGCGGCGUAGAAUAGCGGGCGACUCAUAAUCAGCGAUUGAAACAUCAAAGGACAAAAAGUCACUUCAUUCUGUCAGUUUCGGCGGAGCUCGAAGUCCUCUCAUUGCAUCCUAACAAAAUUCAGUCAUGUGGAUACUUUACUUCCUUUCAAUAGCUGCAUUCGUUGUCCGCCAGACUUCAGCUUUUUCUCCGUCCCCUACAAGAUUGGCCUUUCGGUCUCCUCAUACCAGCGGUAAGGCGGUACCGCCGAUUCUUCCGAAUGAGGUUUUCACUUCCGUGUCCAACGGAUUGUCUUCCACUUAUGAUGAUAUCCCAGUCAACAAUCGCCACGCAGCUUCCGACUGGUUAUACAACGUCCGAUCCUUUCCACAGUCGAAGGUUUUACGGGAAAUCCGCAACCCUCUUUUUUGUGUCGCUGGAUGGUCUUUUGCAGUUUCACUAAUCCAACGUAUUUUUAGCACUUCGAGCUCAGCGCCUCUUCGAAUCCUCGGGGAAAGCAUUUGCAUUCCUACAGCAGCCCACUCAUUUUUGGUGUCAUCUUUGGGAUUGCUCUUGGUGUUUCGCACCAACAGUGCUUACCAGAGAUUUUACGAAGGGCGCAAAAUUUGGGAGAAUAUUCUUAGCGUGUCCCGAAAUUUUUCUCGUAUAACAAGGCUAUACGCGAAAGAGGUGGGAAUGGACCGCAAGGUGCGAAUGAUGAAUCUGGUAGCUGCAUACCCUUAUCUCUUGCGCCAUCAUAUUCGGCACGGUUGCCUCUGUGAGGAAGCCGGGGAACGUAUUCCCGAGGAGCAUCGCCUCUUGCUAGAAGACCCCCUAAAGACUCUCGAGACUCGCUUCGAGGGUGAUAAGAUUGACGGGCUGACUAGGUCCAAUGCUUCGCCUUCACUCCCGAGAGACAAAUGCUAUGUCGACAAGCGUAAGCUGCCAUGGAAUCUGUUUGAUUACUUCUCUACACAGCGCUUGGCGCGAACACAGAAUCGUCCUUUAUGGGCAUGCGACCGUAUCGGACGUGAGAUCAUGGCAAUUCCUUACGGUCCGAACUUUAGCAGCCGGGAGCGUCUAGUAAUGUUGACAGCUGUCGACAAGCUCACGAAUGCGAUUGGUGAAUGUGAGCGCAUCCAUCAAACAGCUGUCCCGCUGAACUAUGCUCGUCACUCGCUACGCUCGCUGACUUUGUUUCUGUUCACGCUCCCUUUCGCCCUGGUUAAGGACAUGGGGUUUUUGACUGCACCAGUGACAGCCGGAAUCGCUUGGCUAAUGUUUGGAGUGUACCAAAUCGGAUACAGCAUUGAAGACCCUUUUCAAGGAUCCCUACGACUUUCGAAUCUAUGUGAUGCUAUUCGAAAGGACGUGGUCGGUUCGAUUGCGGAAGAUAUGGAAGAUAGCUACAGUUCGAAUCAGCUAGGCUUGUGGGAUGAAGGUGUUGACGAAGUUACUUUAGCAGAACGCGCUGAAGACUUUCUGAAGACCCCGAUGAUCAUCCCUACUUUGCUCGAUCAAGGAAUUUCGAACCUAACCUCAUCAGCUUCGGUUGAUGCCAGUAAGCCUCCCUACUGAUGAAGGUCGCAUGCCCUUGAAGCCUUUCCCUAGCAUCAUAUUCUCAACACGAUUUCUCUUGCACAAAGCCAAAACAAAAUAGAAUAGACCUAUAUUAGAUGGAUAUAGAAGCAUAAAAUAAAACUACAAGUUAUUCG